AUGUCUACUACUCUUCAACAUCAAACAUCAUUACAAACACCUGAAAUCGAUGAAAAUCUUUAUUCUCGACAACUUUAUGUGAUGGGAAAAGAAGCAAUGCAUCGAUUAGGUCAUGCACAUGUUCUUAUCUCAGGCAUGGGUGGACUCGGUGUUGAAAUUGCUAAAAAUAUUAUUUUGGGUGGUGCUAAAUCAGUUAUUGUUCAUGAUAAUGAAAAAGUUGAUUAUACAGAUCUUUCAUCACAAUAUUAUUUUCAAGAAUCUGACAUUGGUCAGAAUCGUGCUGAAAUUGCUCUUCAAAAAUUAGCUGAAUUGAAUAGUUAUGUUACUGUUACUCAUUCGACCGAAAUUAUUGAUGAAAAGUUUUUAUCAAAAGCUAAAACUAAUGUAUUUGUUUUAACUAAUACAAAACUUGAUGAACAAAUCAAAUUUGGUGAUUUAUGUCAUAAACAUGGAAUUAAAUAUAUUAAUGCAAAUACAAAAGGUUUAUUUGGACAAAUUUUUUGUGAUUUUGGUAAAAAUUUCGAAGUACUUGAUACAAAUGGAGAAAAUCCUUUAACACAAAUUGUAACAGAAAUUAGUCAUGAUGAGUAUGGUGUUGUUUUUAUGGCAACUGAAACGCGACAUGGUUUUGAAGAUGGUACAUUCGUUACAUUUCAGGGUGUUAAAGGAAUGACUGAAGUCAAUGGUAAAGAAUUUCAAAUAACUGUACCAAGUCCAUUUACAUUUACUAUUGGUGAUACACGAAAUUUUGGAAUUUAUGAAGGUGGUGGAAGUGUAACUGAAGUAAAAAAACCACAAACAAUUACAUUUAAAUCUUUUUCUGAAUCAUUAAUUGAACCAGAAAUGUUAAUGUGUGAUUUUGCUAAAAUGUCUAUGCCAUCAAAUCUUCAUCUAGCAUUUCAAGCUUUAUUUCAAUUCGAAACACAAUACGAUGCUUCACCAAAACCAUGGGAUGAAGCUGAUGCAGAUAAAUUUUAUGAACUCGUUGAACAACUUAAUUCACAGAAUCGUGAAAAACCAUUUACAGAUGAAUUAAAUAAACAUUGGAUCAAAUUAUUUUCAAAAACAUGUACCGGUGAUUUAUGUCCAAUGCAAGCUGUUAUUGGUGGUAUUGCUGCUCAAGAAGCAAUGAAGGCUGUAACUGGAAAAUUUAUGCCAAUAAAACAAUUUCUAUAUUUUGAUGCUAUUGAAUGUUUACCCGAGAAUGUGUAUCAAGCAUCAGAAGAAAUGACAUUUGCACCAAAAUUACCAACAAAAAAAUCUCGAUAUUAUUCUCAAGAAGUUGUUUUUGGUGAAGAUUUUCAACAAAAAAUAUGUAAAUCAAAAUAUUUUGUGGUUGGUUCUGGUGCAAUCGGAUGUGAAAUGUUAAAAAAUUUUGCUAUGAUGGGUAUUGGAUGUGAUCCAGAAGGUGGUAUUUAUGUAACUGAUAUGGAUUCAAUUGAAAAAUCAAAUUUAAAUCGACAAUUUCUUUUUCGUCCACAAAAUAUUGGUCAAAUGAAAUCAAAAGUUGCUGCUGAAGCAGUUAGACAAAUGAAUCCAUCAAUAAAUAUUACUGCAUUUGUUGAAGGUGUUUUACCAGAAACCGAACAUAUUUAUGAUGAUAUUUUCUUUGAAAAACUCACUGGAGUUGUUAAUGCACUCGAUAAUAUUAAAGCUCGUGUAUAUAUUGAUCAACGUUGUGUUUAUUAUAAAAAACCAUUAGUUGAUAGUGGUACAUUAGGUACAAAAGCAAGUGUUCAAGUUGUUGUACCAUUACUUAGUGAAUCUUAUUCAUCAACACGUGAUCCACCAGAUGCAGCAAUACCUAUGUGUCUUUUACAUAAUUUUCCUAAUUUAAUUGAACAUACAAUUCAAUGGGCACGAGAUAAUUUUGCUGGUUUAUUUACAAUUCCAGUACAACAAACAGAAGAAUAUUUACGUGAUCCAAAAAAAUUAGCUGAUCGAACAUCAAAAAGUCUUUCUGAAUAUGAUAGAAAUGAAAUCAUUGAGAAUAUUAAACGUACACUUAGUGAUGAACGUCCAAAAAAUUUUAAUGAUUGUAUUAAAUGGUCUCGAAGUCUUUUUCAACAACAAUUUUAUAAUACAAUUGCACAAUUACUUCAUAGUUGUCCACGUGAUCAAAUCACAGCAAAUGGUGAACGUUUUUGGAGUGGAAAUAAACGAUGUCCACAUGUACUUAAAUUUGAUGUAACAAAUCCUAUGCAUUUAGAUUUUAUUGUUGCUGCAUCUAAUCUUCUUGCACAUAUAUAUCAUAUUUCACAAACACGAGAUCGUGAUUAUAUUGCUCAAGAAGUUUCACAAAUUCAAGUACCUGAAUUUCAACCAAAAGUUGGUAUUAAAAUUCAUGAAAAUGAUGAAGAAUUAAAAGCUGAUAUGGAAAAAACUCAACGUCGUAAUUCCGUUGAUAAUAGUAUUGAUCCAAAUGAAAUUUUAAAUCGUUUACCUAAUAUCGAUGAUGUUCGUGGAAUAAAAGUUCGUGCACAUGAAUUUGAAAAAGAUGAUGAUUCAAAUUUUCAUAUGGAUUAUAUAGCAGCAACUGCAAAUUUACGAGCUGAAAAUUAUGAAAUUGAAACAGCUGAUAGAAGUAAAAUAAAACGAAUUGCAGGAAAUAUUAUUCCAGCUAUUGCAACAACAACAGCAAUGGUUACUGGUCUUGUUUGUCUUGAAGUUUAUAAAUUUAUACAAAAUCAAAAGAAAAUUGAAUCAUUUAAAAAUGCUUUUGUUAAUUUGGCUUUACCAUUUUUUGCAUUUUCGGAACCAGUACCACCUAUACAACAAAAGUAUCUUGAUCAAACUUUUACAUUAUGGGAUCGAUUUGAAGUUCAAGGUGAUAUGACAUUAGAAGAAUUGAUUGAAUAUUUUAAAAAAGAACAUAAAUUAGUAGUGACCAUGCUUUCAUCGGGUCUAUCUCUUCUUUAUGCUCCGCAUUUAUUGCGACAACCAAAUAGAGCACAAGAUUUGAAACGAAAGGUUUCGGAAUUAUACGAAACGGUGACUAAAUCAAAAAUUCCAUCACAUGUUCACUCAUUAGUUCUUGAUUUUAUGUGUGAAGAUCUUGAAGGAAAUGAUGUUGAAGAUGUACCAUUUAUCAAAUAUAAAUUACAAAAAUCAUAA